CUUGGCCCGUUUCACGGUUGUCGCAAUCAUGGGUUCGCGGUGGGAUGCUUCCUGAUCACACGUUCGGGGUGGUGAGGUGAGCAGGUGCGAGCCGCAUAUAUAUCGGCGUGUGGUGGGAGGGGCUCGUUGCGCACGCCAUUUCCCGCUACGCCCACCUAGGCCUCUCGCCCUUCCCUCGUUGUUCGUCGUUGGCCUCGGGUCCUCGUCAAUAUGGCGCGUCGCACGUCACUCAUUUCUACCACUCUUUCUUGCCUGGCAAAUCUUGUCUCGGGGUACCCUUCAAAGUGCUUUCAAGCCAGGGUAACUGCGAUCCCGGACUACGCCCUCACCUACGCGCCGUAUACCGUCCUUUAUAGCAAGGAGCAUUAUUUCCCUUCGGAUGUGGUGACCCACCUUGAGCAUACGACUCCAGAGGUCAAUUAUACCGCCAUCGCCGAUGCUACCACCCUAGCCGACCUAAACUCCCUGACCACCGACGCAUACCUCACCUCAAAUGACGACGUCGAGACCAAUCCCUCCUGGCUUACCUCCAUCGACAACAAGCCCGACGCCGACGGCCUCUCGGGGGCCCCUGCAACCAUCAUCGCCGUGCAGAAGGACGGCUUCGUAGACGUCUUCUACUUCUACUUCUACUCCUUCGACUACGGCAACGAUCUAUUUGGCAUCGUCUUUGGCAACCACGUCGGCGACUGGGAGCACUCGAUGGUGCGCUUUGUGGAUGGGGAGCCGACGCAUGUGUAUCUGUCCGCGCACAGCAGUGGGUAUGCGUACACGUACGAUGCGAUUGCGAAGGAGGGGAAGCGGCCGAAGGUGUACGUUGCGGAUGGGACGCAUGCGAAUUAUGCGAUUACGGGCACGCAGGAGUAUACGUUCGCGGGAAGCCUCAUCACGGAUGACACCGACGAAGGCCCGUUCUGGGAUGUUGCGCUGAAUUACCGAGGCUACUGGUUCGACAACGACACCACCACCUUCACCAUAGCCGGCGGCGCAGGUACAGGCGGCUCAGCACAAGACGCGGAGGGCGCACACUGGCUGCUCUGGGAAGGCGCGUGGGGGGACCAGGAGUACCCCGAAGAUGACGACCGCCAAUACUGUGUCUUCGACAUCUCGUGCCACUACGUGAACGGGCUAACAGGACCGUUGGCGAAGAACCUUGGGCGUACAAAGGUUUGCCAGAACGAGGAUGAUUGUGACAUUCUCGAUUCCUUAUAACUGCUAUACCCUCACAUGUAACGACCCGUACGACCAUUCACGAUUCUGACGCUUGCGGUGCUCCUUGACCUCCCCUUCCUUCCCAGGGCCUGCGUUUGAGACGACGGAAAUUGCGCGUACGGACAGCAUUCAAGUGCGGGACAGGUAUAGACGUUGUAUGCGUUGCCAAUGCUCUACGCGUUCGACUGAAGAUGCAUAAAUUGACGCGAUAGGUCUUUCAUGAACGGCAGAUGACGCUCGACGGACAAAAAUACUAUAAGCUAGACCUUCACAAGCAUAGGUGGCG